GUCCCUCUUUACCUACCGUAUCUACGCUCAAGUAUGGCGGUCAGAGAGUUGUGACAACUGUUUUGAUGGUGUAAACAAUACAUUUUCCAUUCCUAAAUCAUCCUUUUCUCGGAUUUCGUAUUUAUCUAAACUAAUAACUACAUUGCGAAUCAAGACCAUCAUGCCGUCUGCCUGUGACUCUCUGAUUGAAGACAUUGAGGACAUGGUGUCCUCUACUGACCCCACUCCUAAUGAGAGACAAUCUGCUAGGAAGAGUAUCGUACCAAGGUCCAGGAAGAAAAACGAGAGUCUGAUCAGUGAGGAGCUCCAAGCUGACAGUUUGAUCCCUGGCACCCAAAAAAUCUGGAUGAAAACAUGGGGCUGCAGUCAUAACAACUCAGAUGGAGAGUACAUGGCCGGACAGCUAGCUGCCAGCGGAUACAAGAUGACUGAUGACCCAACAGACGCAGACCUGUGGGUGCUCAACAGCUGCACUGUGAAAAACCCUGCAGAGGACCACUUCAGAAACUCAAUCAAAAAAGCCCUGGAACAGCAGAAGAAGGUGGUAGUAGCAGGUUGUGUCCCCCAGGCUCAGCCACGGAUGGACUAUCUCAAAGGACUCAGCAUCAUUGGGGUCCAACAGAUUGAUCGAGUGGUGGAAGUAGUGGACGAGGCUGUUAAAGGCCACUCCGUUCGUCUGUUGGGUCAGAAGAAAGAUGGAGGCCGGAGGCUCGGAGGAGCUAGACUGGACCUGCCCAAGAUCAGGAAGAACCCUCUUAUUGAAAUCAUCUCUAUUAACACUGGGUGUCUGAAUGCAUGUACCUACUGUAAAACUAAGCAUGCCAGAGGAGACCUGGCCAGCUAUCCCAUCGAGGAGCUUGUUGAGAGAGCCAGGCAAUCGUUCCAGGAGGGAGUGUGUGAGAUCUGGUUGACCAGUGAAGACACAGGAGCUUAUGGUAGAGACAUAGGGACAGACCUGCCCACAUUGCUGUGGAGAUUGGUGGAGGAGAUCCCUGAAGGAGCCAUGCUGAGGCUGGGUAUGACCAACCCACCAUAUAUCCUGGAACACCUAGAGGAGAUGGCUAAGAUUUUGAAUCAUCCACGCGUCUAUGCCUUCCUUCAUGUUCCUGUGCAGUCGGCCUCUGACAGCGUCCUGAUGGACAUGAAGAGAGAGUAUUGCAUCGAUGACUUCAAAAAAGUGGUGGACUUCCUCAAAGAGAGGGUCCCAGGUGUAACCAUUGCUACAGAUUUAAUCUGCGGUUUUCCUGGUGAGACGGAGGAAGACUUCCAAGAGACCGUAGACAUGGUGAAACUCUACCGAUUCCCCAGUCUCUUCAUCAACCAGUUCUACCCCAGACCUGGUACACCUGCUGCCAAGAUGGAGCAAGUACCAGCACAUGUGAAGAAGCAGAGGACUAAAGAGCUGUCACAACUCUUCCACUCUUACAACCCCUACGACCAUAAGGUAGGGGAGAGGCAACAUGUGUUGGUGACAGAGGAGUCAUUUGAUGCCCAAUACUAUGUGUCUCACAACAAGUUCUAUGAACAGGUGCUGGUACCUAAAAGGGCUGAGUUCAAAGGGAAGAUGAUUGAGGUGGACAUCUACGAGGCUGGAAAACACUUCCUGAAAGGCCGGCCAGUGGAAGAGAGUAAGCCCUUCACUCCCUCCAUUGCCUUACCACUUCAGAAAGGAGAGGUGUCCGGCCUGAUGCAGAAUCAGAUGCCCAAUGGCAUCCAAGGUCCUGCUUCUUCUGUGCCUUCUUCAUCUGUUUUGUUGAUCGGCUCUUACAGUCUUGACAGGGAAGUACUGAAGAAGCUGGGGAUCGGGCUCACUCUGGCAGCAGCCAUCUUGGCCUUCAUCGUAGAGAAACUGUACUGAUGGCACAACCAGAAGAAGAACAGAAGAAGAUGAUUGUGAAGAAGAGAGAGGACAGUGAAAUCAUAGGAGCCUAAACAAUGUGUUUGAAGCGGGUGAAUACAGCGCUAAAACGAUCCCCUGUAACUCCACAUGCUCUUAUUCAACUUUGAGUGAACCCAAAGAAAACAAGACAAAGUCAGUAACACCUACACAGUUAAAGCAACACUAUGGAACCUUUCCUGCUUCGGUCCCCCUACAGGUUGUCUCAUUGGAACUACAGCUGCAGCUAAAAGUUACAUGGUGUUGAUUUAAGGAUUAUUUAAAUGUUCUGAGAUUCAUGUUGUUUUUAGUGAAGUUAGUAUUUU